ACAGCAAGCAUCAGUGAGCACCGCCGGAAACAUAUUAUUUACCAUGGGCUUCUUCCUGUCCCCAUCUCCUCUGUCGUCUUGUCUGCUUCUUUUUCGGCUAUACCCAUAUCACCAUCGCAAUAAGCUCACCUGAACUACCAUGGGUUUCGCCAUCAACAAGGUCCUAACGGGGUACAUGAUCGCGGACCUCCUCUUCCUUCUGAGUGGCAUCAUCCUCCUUCUGGGCUCAAGGCUAGGCGAAGCAAGCCUCCAUCAUGAAAGAAACGUCGAGAACGUCAUGAGGUCCCUGCUCAUACCUCGUUGUCCCAUAAUCCGUUCGUCAUCUGCUCAGCUACCCACAUAUUUAACUACUUAGUUUGCCAACCAAACACCACGAAUACUUACAUGUGCAUCGGUAUAUAGCCUCCCUUGCCAAUGCACUCUGCGUCUUCGCGGCCUUCCUCUGCUCGAUACCGGUCAUUGUGUUUCCGCAGAACGGAAGAUGGCUACGUCUUCAUGGCUGGCUACUCGUCUUCAGCGGGAUCUUCACCCUCAGCCUGGGUCUGAGUGUUUGGUACGAAGCUCUGCGUACCCGCUCGACGCUCCAGCCAAUGUGGUCCAGGGAGACUGGUGACAUACAAGGCCUGCUGCAGAAGAAGUUCGAUUGUUGCGGGUUUGAAAACAGUACCUCGCCACUAUACCAUUACGAUUCAACUUGUAUGUCGGAUCUGCUUGCCGCACAGAAACCGGGCUGCAUAGGGCCGAUGUCUGAUUAUGCGUUUUCGUUCUUUGGCAAUAUAUCUACUGCUACCUUUGGCAUUGUUGGUACGUUCGACUCUGGGACUUUGUAUCUGCCUAGUGGGUUUGAUCAUGUGCUGACGCUAUUUUUAUGAUAAGCAAUUGAUGCCAUUCUCCUCUUGUGUGUUGCAAUGCUGUUCAAGGAUCGCAAGGAUAGAACAAGAUAUAGGCUCAUUGACGAGAAAUACGAACUUGGCAUGAGACAAAUAUGAGUGCUCAGCCUUUCAUUUAAUAUUUAUUUGUUUAAUCUCCCCCCCC